AUGAGCUCAACGACCAUCGAUCCCGCCCGGGCUGCGGAGAGCCAUACGGUGCAAAUCCUCGCGGUCACGACGGUUUUCCACUGCUUGGCCCUUCUCGUUGUCGGCCUCAGAUCGUACACUCGCAUUGGAAUUCUCGGCUCGUUUGGCCCCCAAGAUGUGUUCAUGAUUUUAGCGACGCUUUGCUCUUUGUUGGGGGGAACAGUCACCCUCUAUUUACAGGUCCCAUACGGGCUGGGACGCCAUAUCGACACGAUCGACCGUUCUCUUCUCAUAGAAUUCAACAAGUUCAGCUUCAUCCAGUCCAUCGUCCCACUCAUGGGAGGCAUCGGCUUUCUGAAGAUCGCCAUCGCUCUGGAAUUAAUGAAGCUGAGGGGCAAUGCGCUGGCCUGGUACAAUCAUGUUCUCUGGGGUCUAAUUGCAUUCGUGACCGCAUACACCAUUAUGGCCUGGUGUAGCUUUUUCCUUUACUGCCGACCAAUGGCCAAGUAUUGGGAUAACAGCAUCGAGGGCACCUGUUAUUCCGUCUCCAUGUUUAUCAAAUUCGGCCUAGCAAACACAGGCUUCAACAUAUUUACCGAUGUGGCAUUCGCUACCCUGCCUGUGGGAAUCGUUUGGACCCUGAAGAUGCCCCUCAAGACCCGCCUCUACCUGAUCGGCGUCCUCAGUUUGGGCUAUGUUGCGGUUGUCAUGGGCAUCUUGAAAGCUGUGGCCCAGAUCAACUUUAAUCCCUUUGGAGACGGCACCUACUCCUAUGAAAUCCAGUUCUGGGGCCUUCUGCAACUCAAUCUGGGGAUCGCCGCCGCGUGCGCCCCAUCGCUGAAACCCCUGGUCAAGAACCUUCUUUCGCUCACCAGCUGGACACCCCGGUACGGAUACACCAACUCAGGUGGAUACAACGCACGAAGCGGAGGCAACGCGCUGUACACCAUCGGCGGGACUGCUGCGUCGAGGGGCUACGCCAAACAGAACAGCAGGGCCGACGGCGCCGACGACUUUGAGCUGCGGUCUGCGCGCCGCCCCGACAGCCUCGGCGCUACCAACUACGUGGCGCGCGCGGAGGCAAGAGACUCGACCAAGUCGGAUGGGAUGUACGGCAAGGAUGGCGAGUCGGCUGGGGAGAGGAAUGGCAGCGAAGAGACGAUCUUACACGCGAGUGACGGGAAAAAGGCGAUAGUCAAGACGACCGAGGUUUCGAUAACCUACUAG